AUGAGUGCUGACUUAUGGUUAGAUCUUCUUCGCCAGUGGUUAACUCCUAUCGACUUUCAAUUGGAACGUCUGCAACUACAAAAGGCUAGAACAGACCGUACAUUCGAAUGGCUCGUCACUGUCGAUGGGCAGUUUACAAGAUGGGUGAAAUCUAACAGUCCAGAUUCAGCUGUAUUAUGGCUGUGCGAUCGACCUGGGGUCGGAAAGAGUGUAGCAACUUCCCUGAUACUCCAAGCUGUCGAAACUCAUUGCUAUUCAGAGAGACUCUCUUUCGCCUACAUCUUUGGCAAGAGAGCUAACAAACUCAAUCCAGCCCCCCAGGCAGUCGAUUUUAUUAAAAGCCUAGCGUUUCAAAUUUUCAGAUCGCAUCCAGCUUCCGGUGGCCACUCCCCUCAAGGGUGGGAUGUCUAUACAAAGUAUGGAUCUGAAAUACCGACAUUCGACCAGGCGGUCGAGUUUCUCGGGGAAGUUUUGAAAAACCGAAAGACAUACCUUGUAGUUGACGGAAUCGACGAAUGUUUUCAGCCUUCAGAAGUUCUAGAGGCAAUUCUAGGUCUCCCUACUGUAGCGGAUGGAACAACUCGCAUUCUAAUCUCUUCUCGGAUGCGACCGGACUCCUUCGAUCCCGAUGGCCUAUAUCCUGUGAUUCGAUUAACCCCCCAACAAGGCGUUUACUCCGCCGACCUGAGGCAUUUCGUCGAGGACGAAGUCAGCAAGAUUGAAGGAUUCCAUAAAACAUCUGAACGAUUUACCGAAGCUGUAGCGAAGGUUAUCGCUGCGUCUGAUGGCAACUUCCUUUGGGCGUCAGCUUUACUGGCUGACCUCAAGGUCGCACAAGCCCAGGGCAGGUUCUGGGAAACCAUCACUACUAUCCCACUGGAGAUUCGGAUUUUGGUGAAACAAGAACUAUGGAAGAUCUGGCAAAAGCCAGAAUCUAAGCGACGGCUUAUACUUGAAACUCUUGAGUGGACCAUAUUCUGCAUGGAGCCAUUGUCGGUCGGAUCAUUCCCCUUUGGCAGACUCUUUGGCUCGGAUGGCUCCUUUCUGGAUUACGAACACCGACGCAUUGAUAGAUCCCGGUUUCUUCUGCGAUUCGGUACCGAAUUCUUGAUUUUUCCUACUCUAGAUGGGAGAUUCGAACUAUUCCACCACCGACUGGCUGACUACAUACUCUUGACAAGCAUGGAAGAGAAUCCACAAUUCCAACUUACCGACGGUCCUACUAGACUAGCCCUUAGCUGCGUCCGAUAUCUAUCUUCCCCCCAAUUCCAAGACUCUUUAAACUCUGAGACAUACCAAUACACUGCAAUCCAUAGCUCAGAGGCCGGGGCGGCAAAGACAUACCUUCGUUCAAAGUACCGAUGCCUUGAGUACUCAUCAGCGCAUCUAGUACACCACCUGUUGAAGGUUAGCGAUGUGACGACCGAGGACGGCUCUGAGCUUGUCUCUGCCCUGAUAACUUUCUUUCUCUCCACGAAUGCUACAACAUGGGUUGAGGCGGGCCAGGUGUUCGACCCUAGCUUUUCCAGAUCAUUCAUUAGUAGUUGCCCCGAGCUCUUGGAUUGGAUAAGAAGUGUGGUCGCAGUCCACCCUCGAUGGAGGGAAUCCUUACAAGCCGUCACUGCUCGGCUUGAGGGUCUCAAAGCGCACGCUAGCUCUUCUAGAAACCUGUUAGCCCGACCCCAGGUCCAAAACAGGCCACGUUCGGUUACAUAUGAAUCACCAGUAAUUCAAGUAACUAGUUAUCACGGCGACGUACCUUCAUCCACGACAGAGACUCGAAGCCCCCGAAGCAGGAGCCCGCGGAGCAUUGGCAAUCUACUUACCUCCCUAACCAGCAGUUCUCGUGAAGAAACAUCAAGAAGUCCUCAACGUCGUACCCGAGAAGAAGUAGAGCAGGGCGUCCAGCGAAGGUCAUCUGCCAGAAGCACAUUCCCCCUUACCAACAAUGAAGUCCGACGAAGUUCUGCCGGAGCCACCUUCGGUGCUAUCACCAGCGCGAUCGCCAUUGCAAAUAUAAGUGCCACAAGCGCAAUACCAUUGCAGUAUCACUAUCCAGUGCGAGAUGAGCCAUGCAGUAGCUGGGGGUCUGCAUCGCAGCCCUACGCACCACAUGAACAACCACAGCUUUCUCAUUCGGCUUUUGGACCUCCAAAUCCUGCCCGACAACAGUCGGCAGCGCAGCAGCAACAGUACGCUUCUCCCUCUCGCCAACAAUACCAACAUCAACAACAACCAUAUCCCAUGCAGGCGUACUACGGCCCUACCGGAUAUACACAAAAUGAGUAUACUCCUAGCGAACCGCCGCCGCCAUAUAUGCGGUAUGCUUGA